CAAGAAAUAUGUGGUCCUCAGGAUAACAAGCAGCAAAGUAACAGCCUAUCGUGAGAUCAGAACAGCAAAGUAAUAGCACAGGCUCGAAAAUUUCACACAGUUUGGUUUGAGUAAUAGUGUUUGAAGACGAAGAUGGCUGGAGAAUCCGAUUCAGUUGGUAGCAAUGAACGGCCAAAUUAUUAUUGUAGAUUUUGUAACAAGGCAUUUUCUAAAUCACAAGCUCUUGGAGGUCAUAUGAAUGGCCAUCGUCGAGAGAGAGAUAAUGAGAAAUAUGAAGAGGCAAAGGCUCUUGUUGAACGGAAUUCUUGGAAGCUGAGGAAUCAAUAUGUAGCACCUCAAAAUUAUGCAUCCAUCCCAGGAGGAGUGCAGACACAAGUCCAGAAUGUAGGUGGAGGAAUUUCAGGAGUUGGACCAUCUUUACCCACAUCAUAUUUGAACCAGCAACAGCUAGAUCGUCUCAGUUAUCGAAUGAGGGAGAGAUACCCAUCUCUUCCUUACCAAAGGAACAACAACCUACAAAGAGGAGGAGGAGCAUCUGUUGUUAACAAUUCAGGAAUAAGUGGACCUUCUUUUCCCACGAACAGUCAUUUACAAAUAAGAGGGCCCUCUUUUCCAACUUUACAAGGAGGCAAUCCGAAUCUUGUUGUGAGUGGAUAUGCAGCAGCAUCAGCAUCUGAGCAACAGCAACAAUCUGCACAAGCCAUUCUUCAGCACUUGCCUCGCUUUGUUCAACCAUCAGCACCAUCAUCAUCCGCAACGGAGGAAAUCGAUGAGGUUAGGUUAGAAAGAAAGUGAGCAUAAAGAAAAUGCUGCCAUUUAUGUCAAUCUGUCAAAGUGACGUGCAGCAAUGUGAAUCUGGAUAAAUCAAGAAAUGGUGUAGUGAAGCAAGAAGCCAUGAUCACUAUUUGUGCCCUGUUUUCUGUGAAAUUUCUGUCAUACAUGAGGAGCUAGAGUUAUGAAUAAACCUUCUUGGAUUACUGUAGCAAUGUAUGAGAAUUUGAGGAACUUAAACGUAGAGGCAUUUCCCCACGUUGUAAACUGUAAUCAUGCGCAGAGAUUUUCAAUGUUAAGAUGUUUUUUCUCCAAUGUUA